AUGGCUGCGUCAAUGGUGCUUAGCGGCCACGGGCCAAGAAAGCAGUUAGCAGAGAAGGUGGCGCGAGUGAUGCAGCUGCUCGACAACGAUGCGGACGAAUCGGAUCUCAAACUUCGGAAGGGCGGAAAGGGGACGACGGUGCGCUGUGACGCAAGCCUGCUCGCCAUUCGACUCCUCCUCGCCUCCCGCUUCCCUUUCCACCGCCUCCCCCCGCUUCCCCUGCUCCAUCCCCUCGCCUCGGCCCAUCGUGGUGACAUCGCCUGCAGCUUACCAGGAAUCGCCACGUCAGCUACUGGCAUCAACCUCUGUGGGCAGCGGUUCGCCUGGGCCUGCGAGACAGGAGAGGAGAGGCGGCGACGGGCGGGGCAGGAGCAGCCAAUAGCUGAGUCGCUUCGACGCGUGGGACGACAGCGAGCCGCUUUACAACCACCCCACUCCCCAGAUAACACCUUCCCCUCGCCCGAGGACGGAUUUUCCGGCCGCCAGCACGCUGAGAUCCAGUUGGAGGAGGAGGAUUAUCGUGGCGUUGUUGGCGGUGGCGCCGAUGGCGGUGGCGUUGUUGGUGGUGGCGUUGUUGGCGGUGGCGCCGAUGGCGGUGGCAGCCCCCCCCUGUCUCGGUGGCACUCUCACUCCCUCGCGGUAGAUUCCAUCGAGGAGGAUCCAACUACGUGUUGCUCACACACUCUCGACCGCCGCCCUGCGCCCUCCCAGUCGCUCCCUGACUGCCGCCUCCCCCGGCGCUGA